UAAAAAAACAAGCUUGGACAACAAACAUGACAUCUAACUGAGCGAGAUUUCAACAUGGAGGAGCAUAUGAGGGCUCAAACAACGGACAAGCAAGAUGUGCCGUGCGACUCUUGCAUCGGCGACCCCUGCAAGGCUGUCAAAUCCUGCAUGACCUGUCUGGUGUCCUUCUGCGAGGAUCACCUCAGACCUCACCUGGAGAAUGCCAAGUUCCAGAGCCAUCGUCUGGUGGAGCCACGACACCACGUGGACUGCAACACAUGUGAUGUCCAUCACCUUCCGCUGGAGCACUACUGUCUGACAGACGGCUGCUGCUUGUGCUCCGGCUGUCAAGGUCAGGGGCACGAAGGUCACGCCACCGUGUCUGUGGGGGAGGCCCGCGCUCGUAUUGAGAAUGUGCUGCAGAAAAAGCACCAGGAGAUCGAUCAGAGCGUCUCAGCAACCGACCAAGCAAUGGAGAAGCUGUGCAGCAGCAAGGACAGCAUGAAGACUGUGGUGCAGGAGGUGCUAUCUGAGGUGGAGCAGCACUUCGUCAGGCUGCAGGAGGUAGUGGGGGAGGUCAGGAAGAAGGCCGUGGAGCAGCUGGAAGCAGAGCAGAGACGAGCGCUUCGACAGGUGGACGGCGUGGAGGCGCACCUGAAGCAGAGGAGGGCGGAGCUGACCAAGACUUUGGCGCAAAUGACCAAAAUGUUGCAGAUUAAGUUUGACGUCUCCUUCUUGCAGGAGUACUUGCAGUGGAAGGAGGGAGUGCCAGAUGUUUGUUUACCCAAUGUGAGUGUCAACAAUAUGGAACACGUCAAGUCUUACGCCCCCGUCGUAGCCAGUGUCACGCAAGAGCUGUGUGACCUGCUGCUCACCUCCUACCAGGACAAGCUCAGCAUCACUGCUAAAGGUGGCAAAUCGGAGACGCCGCAAGUUCUGUUGCCCGAUCCUGAGACUCUGAAAGACUUUUUAAAAUAUGCAAAGAAUUUAACCUUUGACCCGGACACCGCUCACCAUUUCCUGCGCCUAACAGCGGACAACACAAAGGCAACCAACACCAGCCCCUGGCAGCACAGCUAUGUCGACCACCCCGACCGCUUUGAGCACUGGCGCCAGGCGAUGACGUCACAGAGCCUGUACACAGGAAGGCACUACACGGAGGUGGAGCUUGUUGGCGAGGGCGCUCACGUAGGGGUCACCUAUAAGAGCAUCGAGCGUAAGAGCCAAGAAACUAGCAGCUGCAUCACCGGGAAUGACUUCUCCUGGUGCGUGGGGAGGAACAAUAGAGGCUUUUCCGCCUGGCACGCCGGCGCAGAAAUCCCUUUAGAGGCGCCAGAUGUAACAAAAAUUGGUGUGUAUGUGGAUUUUCAACGUGGCCUCGUGAGUUUUUAUGACGCGAGAGGGCCUAUGAUGCUGCUCCACAAGUACAAGGCUGAUUUCGUUGAGCCAUUGUAUGUGGCUGCCUGGCUCUCAAAGAAGGAGAAUGUAGUUUAUCUGGUUAAUAAUACAAAGUGA